AUGCGGCGAUGUGAUCGAGGAACGGGGCUUAGUCUCUUCCUCAUCCUGAAUGUCGUCUUCUUAGACCUGGUCUCCUUCAUUCAUUCCGCUGAAGUGUUCACCAACCACUUCCUCGUCCACACCCAUAAGCCCGGCAUCGAGCACGCACAUCAAGUCGCCAAGCGACACGGCUUCGUGAACCGCGGACCGGUGGGUUUUGGCACUAGUUUUGUUUUAAAUUUUUAAAUUAAAAAAUUUUCGGAAAUUUAAAAAAUUUUGAAAAUUUAAAUUUUAAGCCUAAAAAUCGAAAUAAUGGGUUUAAAAUGAUUUUAAACGUUUAGGAAAAUGAUUUUAUUGUAAAAUACGAAUAUUGUUAAUUUUUUUAAAUUUGAAAAAAUUUUAGAAAAAUUUUUAAUUUCGAAAAAUUUUAAAAUUUAAAUUUUAAGCCUAAAACUUGAAAUAAUGGGCUUAAAAUCGCUUUUAAACUUUUAGAACAAGGAUUUUAUUGUAAAAUACGAAUAGUUAAAAUUUUUGAAAUUAAAAAAAAAACUAAAAAAAUCAAAACAUUUUAAAAAAAAUUUUUUAAAAAAAAUUUAGUUUCAAGGCUAAAACUCGAAUUAAUAGGCUUAAAAUGGCUUGCUAACUUUCAGAUUUCUUUUGUAAAAUACGCUUGAGAUAUCUAUUUAAAUUUUAAUAAUCUUUUACAUAAUACCUAAAUACAACCAAAGAUGAAUCCGAAAAGGUCAACUGCCAUUCUUAAUGAUAUUGCGUGCUUAAAACACGGACAAUCCGUUUUUUACACGGAGCACGAGAUCCACGAGUAUCAGAAAACGUUCGUGUUUCAUUUUUUUCCGUGCUCUCUCCACUUUUACCUAAUUAGCUACCGUAGUCCACGCUCGUUGAGUGCCUAAAUCAAUAAGAGGAGGUUAAAAAAGGAAAUUAUUAACCACCUACGGGAAUUAUCUAGUACUGUGAGUAAAUUUUUGGUAUUGUGGGUAGAGAGCUGUACCCUCAGUACUAGGGAGGAUAUAAAGGUUGGGCGCUCUACCUCUGCCCGGUGAUGUAGGGUUGGUACCUUCCGCUUGUCCUAAAUAAGUCAAUACUGUACUCAAUCUUGCCUAAUCAUUGAUAUAGUACCAAAGAAUAAUCAUUAAUACAGUACUAAAAAACACUCGUUCAUAAAGUACUAAAUAGUACUCAUUGAUACAAAAACUAAAGAAAGUAGAGCACGUUGAAGAAAGAUAUAACGAUCCACCAUUUCAGGUACUUGGCUCGGACACUCAAUGGCACUUUGUACAUAGCGGACUUUCUCAUGCUCGCACUCGACGAUCGGUUGGACAUCAUGUAAAACUUAACAAGGAUAAUGAUGUGAGUUUUUAAUAUUGUUUUCUUGUUCUAUUUUUGUUUAUAGGUUUAGCUGAGUUAUGCUUAGUAGGCUUAGGCUUCGUACACUUAGUCUCAGUAGGCUUAGGCUCAGUAGGCUUAGGCUUGGUAGGCUUAAGCUUAGUAGGCUUAGGCUUAGUAGGCUUAGGCUUACUAGGCUUGGGAUCAGUAGGCUUAGUGGGCAUACGCAUUGUAGGGUUAGGCCUAGCAGAUGUUACAGUAGAUAACAGUAGAAUUUGGGUUUAUAAAUGGUAUAUAUACAGUAAUAUGGCAAAUCACAAGUGAUGCCUUGCAGAAAUAUAGAGUAAGAUCCCAGCACUCGCAGUCAUUUGUUGGGUCGUUUUACAUCGAGGCAAAUAUUAUAUAAAACUACAAUAUUACAUAAGAAAACGUUGCGCAAUACGAUUCCUGACAAUUUCUCUAAGGCUAUGUCAUUAUAUAAUAGCAUUAUAUUAGGUAACACUGCACAUAGUUUACAAAAUUUGUAGCUGAUACGAUGUUUCAAGCUUAAACUUAAUGCUUUUGAGGCUUUACUAAAACACGACAAGCCUAAACUCCUGAACAUCUCAAUAAACAACCCAAAACUAUGAUAAAACAAAUGUUUAGGUAGCAUACGCGGAGCAAAUGACCGGCUACCGUCGGCUGAAGCGCGGCUACCGGCCGUUGGAAGAGCGUCUUCAAGAACAACUCGACUUCACGGCCGUUCAAUCGCCCUCGGACCCGUUGUAUCCGUACCAGUGGUACCUGAAGAACGUCGGCCAAUCCAACGGCAAGCCCCGACUGGACUUGAACGUGGAGAAGGCCUGGGCCAUGGGAAUCACCGGCAAGAACAUCACCACCGCCAUCAUGGACGAUGGUGUGGAUUACAUGCAUCCUGACCUCAAGAACAACUUUGUAAGGGGGUUUUGGAGUUUUAGAUGAAGAUGGGGUUUAUUGUUGAAUUAUAGGGCUAUAUUGUAGUAGCUUAGGUAUAGAGAUUACGGCAAUUUAGCCUUUUAAGUUUGUAGUACUAAGAUAUUGAGAAGAAUUGAGUUUAUAUUGUUUUAGAACGCCGAAGCCAGCUACGAUUUCAGUUCAAACGAUCCUUUCCCAUAUCCACGAUACACUGAUGAUUGGUUUAACUCUCACGGAACUCGGUGAGUCGUAACAUCUUGUUUUACUGAUUGAUUUUCUACUGGUAGUCACAAAAAAGCUAUGGUUAAUCUUUUCGCCGCAAUAACACUUAAAAAUUUAUAUUAUCAUACCUUUUUGAAGUAGAAUAAUAUCAACUAUAAGAUGUAAAGCCAAAUUUUAAACUGAUAUUCCAACUCCAGAUGCGCCGGCGAAAUCUCGGCCGCCCGUGACAACGGAAUCUGCGGCGUCGGCGUCGCCUACGACAGCAAAGUCGCCGGAAUCCGCAUGUUGGACCAGCCCUACAUGACCGACCUGAUCGAAGCCAAUUCCAUGGGCCACAAACCCGACCUCAUCCACAUCUACUCCGCUUCAUGGGGCCCAACUGACGAUGGAAAAACCGUCGACGGACCAAGAAACGCCACGAUGCGUGCCAUCGUCGAAGGUGUGAACAGCGGCCGCAACGGACUCGGCUCCAUCUUCGUAUGGGCUUCCGGAGACGGCGGAGAAGACGACGACUGUAACUGCGAUGGUUAUGCCGCUUCCAUGUGGACCAUCUCCAUCAACUCGGCCAUCAACAACGGCGAAAACGCUCACUACGACGAAUCCUGCUCAUCAACCUUGGCUUCCACCUUCUCGAACGGAGGCCGAAACCCGGAAACUGGCGUCGCUACCACCGACUUGUACGGCCGUUGCACCCGCAGCCACAGUGGAACCUCGGCCGCUGCUCCCGAAGCCGCCGGAGUGUUUGCUUUGGCAUUGGAAGCCAAUCCACAGAUCACCUGGAGAGACCUUCAACAUCUGACCGUCCUGACCUCAACCCGAAACUCACUGUUCGAUGGAAGAUGUCGUGAACUCCCAGAACUCGGCAUCAAGGACAACCACAAGGUCAAGAAAGGCAACUGCACUCACUUUGAUUGGCAAAUGAAUGGCGUUGGACUUGAGUAUAACCAUCUGUUCGGAUUCGGUGUUUUGGACGCGGCCGAAAUGGUCCAAUUGGCCAUGGUUUGGAAGACGGCUCCACCACGAUUCCAUUGUGAAGCUGGUACUAUCGAUACCCCACAGUGAGUUUGGUUUUUCAUUGAAAUAGAGGGAAGGGUGCAAAAAAUAGGUAACAAAUAGUGAUGAACAAUGAAAAAUCAAGCUUUUAGCUUGGGAAUUUGUUUUAUGUUAAUGUAGAUCAAUCUUAAAGUACUAAAAAGGUAAUUUAGCUGAUUUUGUCCCUAAAAAUCAAAAUUAUUACCUAAAAUUCUAAAACAUGUUAUCCUUCCUUGCCUUUAGGGAAUUUUAGCUCUUUUUCCGUUCCCAAACUUAAUUUAUACCUACUUUCCUUCAGUGAGAUCCCCGACGACGGAAACCUGGUCCUCGAACUGAACACCGACGCCUGCGCCGGCUCCGCUACCGAAAUCAACUAUCUCGAGCAUGUACAAGCGGUUGUUACCCUGAACAGCAGCCGACGAGGAGACACCACCUUAUACCUGAUCUCACCAUCCGGCACUCGCACCAUGAUCCUGUCAAGAAGACCCAAGGACGACGAUUCGAAGGACGGCUUCACCAACUGGCCCUUCAUGACCACCCACACCUGGGGCGAGAACCCGCGCGGUCGCUGGAGACUGGUCGCUAGAUUCCAGGUAAUUUUGGGCGAAAUGGUUUUUAAAAUGUCAAAAUUUUCUAAAUUUAAAAGUUAGGACAAUUUUACGUUCUUUUAGUCCAAACUCAUAAGAGAAACUUGAAAAGGUAUCAUUUUUGACAAUAAAACUGACUUGCAACAGAAUGCCAAGAGUGUUUGGCAUUUAAUUUUUUUUGUUGUGGGACCAAACCUUCUUUACAGUGUUAAAUAGAAACAACCACACCUUUUGUUCACAUAUUCUAAAAACUCAUUUUCCGCCAAGUUAUGACCAUGUAAACCCCGUAUCAAUUAUGCAAAUUACGUAAAUCCAUUCUUUGCAGGGUACGGAGAAACAUCGCGGAACGUUGAAGAAAUUCACGCUGAUGCUUCACGGUACCAAGGACGCGCCGUACGUCGGAAUCGAGCCACUCGAAGGCCACCGAAACGCCAAGUUGCAGCUCGUGCAAACGGCCCACAAACGCAUGGUUCAGUAG